GGUAACAAUGGCCGGAUGAAUUAUGGAUACUAAUAAAGGCAACAUUCUUCUCCUGAAGAGGUUUUCCCACUUGAGUUUCAAUACGGGUUCUCCUUAACGUUGAUGCAAAAUUGCUCACGAGGCGUAGCGAAGUACGCCGGGUAUUAGCCAGUUUGUGUAUAAAGAAUAUUCUAACAUCACCGUCAACAUAACACAGUCACCAAAUUCAGCCACCGCACUGCCAAGUACAGAUUGGCUAUUGCUCUUUAAAAAAACAUUUCGAAAAUUCCCUUUACAUGCAUUUUCGUACAAUCGAAAGAGUAUUAAGUAAAUUGUUUACAAAAUUUAGGCGAAAAGAAAUGAUGGCUAAAUACCAAGAAUGAGGUCAAAACUGAAUACAACAAAAAUCGUUUCUAAAACAAUAUAGACGUCUAGUAUUUGGAACCAACGAAUAAUGUACAUACAUAUGUAUGUACGUAGUUCGGAAAAUGCAGUCAUUCUAUGUAUGUAUGUACAUGUGCCUGUGUUCAAAUAAUAUUGGAUGAGGACUAUCGGCGGCAACGAAACCAACCGCAGCAACAGCUGCUGGCUGUGGGAUCGGCGGACGAGCGAAUGGCCAAAUGAACGUUUUGUAGGCCGAAAGAGAGAAAAAAUUUGUUUUUCAUUCAUUUUUAAUACAGAAAUUUAAUUUAUUUUUAGAAAACUGAAAUAUGCGUCUAUUUCGUUGGGUCGCUAGCUUAAAAAGAAAUUCUUGUGCGAGUACGAAAGACGUGUUCUCGAGCGAGUCGUUUUCGUUGUCGUUUGUGUUAAAUAUGUAAUUACAGAAUUUACGAAAUAGUUUUAUGAUUUUAUUGGAAUUUAUAAAACAGUUACCAAGUUUGGGAAAAAAUUAGUAGUAUGUGGCACGCGUACAAUACGUUUGGUGUGCUACUUUGGAGCUGUCAGUUCGCACUGAAUCUUGUCUAAUUUGUGUUUUUUUUUGCCCAAUAGUGAGGUCAUCCUACUCGUUUUUGAAAUUUCCGAAAAUGUGUUCACUGGCCGCAUUGAAGUGUCCACUUUGUGCGCAGACAAAUUUUCCGAAUAUCGACGCGUUGCGUAUCAGCUUAAUUAAAGCGGCCAAUGGGCCACUGGCCUGUCCCAUUUGCCAUGAACUCUUUUUGGGUUUGGACAAGUUGACCAUUCAUCUAUUUAGCCAUACAAGCGUAAUGAUGAGUGCAGCAACAGAGGCGGCAGCAGUGGCGACAGAUACCAGAAGACCAGUGGAAACUGAAAUGACGAAAAAGGCAGCGGUGAAGUCAGAGAUGAAAUUAGAAACGCAAGAUGCAACCAGCUCAUCAUCUGCACCAAUGAAGCGUUCUAAUAAGGAAAAGAAAACUAAAAAAUCGCGACAAGUUGUCGAAGUUGCCUCACAAAGAGUGGAAAAUGUAAAUGUCAGUACUGUGUUUAGUCAGCAAGCGGUUGAUGGCACAAAUGAUAAAUCUGAAAAGGAAUCGGCGGCCACCCUCUCCACGUGUGAUAUUUGUGAGUUUACCUUUCGUGAUGAGGAGCUGCGCAACAUGCACUUUCGUCUUGUUCAUCAGAAUGUGAGCCACACCAGCAACGAUCACUCAGCCAAUGCCGUCACUUCCACCGAACCCGAUUUUAAAUGUCAUCUUUGUUCGAAGACCUUCAAAAUGAAGGGUUCUCUACGCGUGCAUUUGAAAGUCGUACACCUAAUGUGCUUGCCCUACUCAGGCAACAGUCCCAAACUAAGCAUAUGCGAUCGCAUACGACACAAGGAGUCCAAGGUUGGGACAACUGCCAGCAAAGUUGGUCCACUCAAUGUGCCGCAGUCCACGUCAUUGAAAACGGAUAUUAGCGACGAGCAAAUAUUGCCGCAACCACCAGUACUAACCGCACAGCAGUCAUUGCAACCACAACAUCAAAUAACAUUGACCGCAAACUCGCCACAGGUCGCGCCGCAAGUGUCCAAUGGCUUUACGUUCGGUGCACUGACUUUGUUACCCGCGCCAUCGGUAGCGGCUAAUGCAAUGGGCAGUUUGUUGAAUUUGAAUAGUAACGGUGAAUUUGUGCAUGCUGUAGAGGGCGCGCCGCUAAAUUCAAAUGUGCUGUUAGUCAUUAAUACAAACCCGGCAGCCGCGGCCGGCAUAGACGCGGUGACCACGGCGAUUGCUGGUGGCGGCGCAACUGCGGAGCCCCAGGGUAAAACUGCAGCGGAAAGCUCCAAAAUGUGGAAGUGUAAUGAAUGCGCGAAAACCUUCACCACAAAAUACUUCUUGAAAAAGCAUAAGCGUCUGCAUACGGGUGAGAUGCCCUACACUUGUGAGAUUUGUGCGCGCACUUUCACCUUUCAGCAAUCUUAUCACAAACACCUGCUAUAUCACAGUAAUGAAAAGCCACAUGUCUGUUCAACUUGUGGACGAGCUUUCAAGGAGCUUUCGACUCUACACAAUCACGAACGAAUACAUAGUGGAGAAAAGCCGUUUAAGUGCGAAGUGUGUGGAAAAUGUUUUCGACAACGUGUCUCCUUCUUGGUUCAUACACGCAUACAUACUGGCAUUAUGCCCUACAAAUGUGAUGUGUGUCAGAAGAGCUUUCGCUAUAAGGUCUCCCAGCGAACACACAAGUGCCAACCUCCGACAUGUCUGUCAGACGAGGUUGAUGCUGUACCGUUAGAAGGUGAAACAGGACAGAGUUUGAAUAAGCAAGCACAUGAUCACACCACUGAUGAUAUAUCGGAAAGCUUCAUCAAAGAAUUUUUGGAAAAUACUAGAGUACAUACGGGUGAUGCACAGAAUUCGCCAGCCAGCGCCGAGAUUGCAGCCAUUACCGCUGUUAGCGAUUGCAAUGGCAACGUCGAUGAGGCGCUACUCACCAAAGCUAUCGAUGAUAUAGUCGUGGAGUCUUGUAAUAAAAUGGGUAUUGGAAAUCAAGGUAAACACUUGUCACCUUCUAGUAUGCGUUCUGCGGUAGCACCGCCGCCGUUGGCCCCCUGCAGUGAUGAUUGCAAUUCACCAACACAGAAAUUGCAAAACAUGAGGUUGUAUUCACCACAGCUGGAGUCAAGUAUGGGUGGUGUAGUAUGUAGUGAUAGCGUAGAUAACAUAUUUCCACGAUUUCUUCUGGACGAUGUUGGAAGCAAUAUGAUGUAAGAUCAAGAAAUACAUAUUUAUACUAAAAACUAAAAAGUUACGAAAUCGAUUG